GUCCGGCAGUGCUGCACCGAGCCUCGUGCUAUAUCGAGCCGAACACGUUCUUCCUCUCUCUCUCUUUCCCUCUUACUCUCUCGCGAGUUCGGUUCAGCCAUCGUUCGAGAGACAGUUCGGGGAGACACCUCGAGGGCUUUCCCCACUUUCCUCGACCGAUCACCACGGAAACUCUCGGUCGAUCGAUGAGGAUCUUUCGACGCUCGAUGGUCCAAGAACCGUCGAAAAACUGGCCAGGAACGGAGUGAUCGUCGAGCCGGGCUCGACGUGGAAGAGGAAGAGGAGUAACGAUCAUGGGCAACGCCACCACGAAGAGCCACUACUCCAAAAGUCAGCCAGUCUCUGCCACUAGGAGACCACGUUGGGAGGGAUCAGGGCUUCCGGCGCCACCAGGAAAGCCAAUUUUGAUACCAGGAGCAGACGAAUCGCAGCCGGAUGUGGUCGCUAUUCGUUGGGAGAGGUCACCAAGUAACGGUGGCUCGGCCAUUGUCGGCUAUUUGGUCGAACAUCGAAGGCUCGGCUCGCAGCACUGGGUACGCAGCACACCAGGGCUUUGCACCUUUCCGGAACUGACCUUGAGCGGCCUCGAACCAGGAUGGCGCUACCAAUUCAGGGUCAGGGCUCAGAACGCGGUUGGUUUGUCUCGACCCAGCGAGAUCUCGGAUCCGUUGACUGUGACCUUGCAGAGAUCCGCUUCAUCCGCGCCCCACUUUGACCUUGAAGUCAAGGACACCACCGUGCUCGAAAAUGAGCAGGCUGAGUUCGUGGUGCGAUUUACGGGGUCUCCGCUGCCAAAAAUCGCAUGGUUCAAAGAUGGCUUCGAGAUUUUCAGUAGCAGGCGAACAAGGAUCAUCACGGACAGUGGCAGGAGCGUUCUCCUGAUUCAUCAAACCGCGCUCAACGACGAGGGAGAAAUAAAAUGCACCGCCACUAACAGAGCUGGUCACGCUAGUACCAAAGCGAGACUAAUUCUAGAAGCACCACCAAAGAUACGACUUCCGCGUCAAUACGAAGAUGGUCUUCUUUUCGAGCAAGAUGAAACAAUUAGAUUAAAAGUGUCAUUAGCUGGAAGACCUGCAGCGUCGGUGAUUUGGUACCACGACGGUGAAGUGGUUUCAAGUGACGAAAGACACAUUUUCGAAACGAUGGACGGUGAAUCGAUCCUGAAGAUCCCUGAUGCUAAACGAAUUGACAGAGGAGAAUAUACUGUUAAGGCGAUAAAUAAACUUGGAGAGGAUACGUCGUCGUUUUUAGUAACUGUAACAGAUCGACCCGCAAGACCUGGGAAAGCGACAGUCACGAUGACCUUAGGGAGAUCGGUUACACUGUCGUGGACAGAACCAGAAGACGACGGUGGUUGCAAAAUUGGCACAUACAUCGUCGAGUACUAUAGGGUCGGUUGGGACGUGUGGUUAAAGGCAAUCACGAGUAGGCAAACCAAAGCAACGUUGUCCGAGUUAAUCGAAGGAUCCGAGUAUAAAUUUCGAGUGAAAGCGGAGAAUCCGUAUGGCGUGAGCGAGCCCAGCGAGGAGAGCGACGUAAUCUUCAUUCCAGAUAUAAAAAGAGGCAUAAUGGCGCCCUCGUUGAGCGGAAAGUCGCAGAGUCAUAGAGAAAUCAGAUCGCGAGAGAAACGAGAAGUCAGUUUCGCAGUGCCUACUCAAAGAACUAGAAGCUUAACAAGAGACGAGGCUCGAAAUCGGGACGAAGAUGACGACGUACCUUUUGGACCAGCUAGUAGAUCGGUAUCAGCUCAGAGACUCACAGGUCGACCAUCCAGAGCCGAUAGUAGGGUGAAAUUUGCCUUGGACACGGUAGACAAUUCGGAACCACCACCUGUUCCUCCGGCCAGGUCGAAGGAUCAUUCCAUUUCAAAGGUUGAAAACCAGGUUGGAAAUCACGUGGUUCGUUCGAGUGUUGCUAUGGAUCUACCAAGCACUGAGAACUCAAUUCAGAAUAAGGAGCCUCCGUCAGUGCCAGUAACCGUUGCCACCGUAACAGUAACACCACCAGAGAUAGAAGAAUCUAAUAGACGGUUAGCGUACAGAGAAUCACGAUCUCGAUCAGUUUCGAUGUCCAGAGAACGUAGUAUGUCACCGUUGUCUAUGCCUAAAAUUCAAGAACAACACGAAGAAGAAUUUUCUUCAAGUUACUCACCUCUUCGUUCAUCGUUGAGUUUAAAUUUCAAGAACCAAGAGGCGAUCGUCGACGAGCCACAAAUCGUUAAAAGUCACUCGUUAGAUGAUAAAGCAACAUCACCUACCACUCCUAGGGAGGAUGAUGAUACUGUUAUACAUGGAAGUUCAGAGUUUAUGCUAGUUUUAUACCCUCAAGAUCAAGAUAAGAAACUGGAGGAUAUCGUUGGAAGACGAAAGAGUUUAGAAACGCCGCAAAUCGCAGGGGACAUCAUAGAGGACAUCGAAGACCUGAUACCGCCACCCAUGUCUCUCUCCCUCCCAGAAUUAUUCAGCGUGGAACACCAAGUAGUCGAAACCCUCCGGGAAGCAGUGAGCUCCACAGAACUUCUUCACGAACGUGCCAUGGAACGCUUCUAUCGUGCAGUGGCAGCCGAAGAAGCUUCCGAAGUAGCCAAAAGAAAGGUGCAAGUCGAACGAUUAACCGGAGAGCUGGCCGCAACAAUGGAAACUAAACCAGCCACCGAGACAGAAACUGACAUCUUUAAACGACGACUAUCCAACCCUACUGUCACUUCGCCAAUUCUAAUGAAUUGGCAGUCAAAGAAAAAUCGCAGGAGGCUAAGCGAAGGCCUACCAGAAAAAAUUAAAAGUCCAUUAAAAAUACUAAUUCCUAAUUUAUUGCCAGACGUCGAAGCAAUGUCUGAUCCCAAUAUACUUAGCGAUUCAGAGAAUCCAAUUGUCACUUCAUGGGGGCUGGACAAGCCAGAAAACACGACCAUACCACUGCGCAGGUGGCACGACGCCAACAUACCAUUGGUCGAAGAGAAACCACCAGAAGAAUCGAUACCCUGGCAGCCCAGCGCCAAUGGAGAUACUCCGCACAACGAGAAGAUGUUCCCAGACACCUCACAAAUAGAUAAUUUGUCUCCGAUAUCGAAACAAACCUCACAAAUAGAAGAAAAGACAAAAGAAGAGGAAAUAGAAAACGAGGAAGAAGAAAGUAUCGAAACAUCUGAAGAAUCAUCGGAAGAGGUCAGCACUGCUGACAGUGAAGACCUGAAGCUUCUGAAGACCAGAAUCCUUGGCAGGCUGGUAUUGGAAGAAGAAGACACGUAUCAUCCAAGAGGAAGGCCUGUUCCACACGUGGAACCGGAACCACCACCAAUUCCUCCACACAGGAUACCUAUUUUAGAUGUCACACCACCAACGCCUCCCAAAACAGUUUCUCCUGUAUCACCAACUACUGUUGUUCCCAAAUCUAUACUGAAGAAGCCUAAAGAAGAACCGAUUCCACUGAACAGCUUUGGUAGACCGAUUCCUCCUGAGAAACCAAUUAGAAAAUCACUUCCUCCGAAUGUUCAAGCUGUGAAUAGGAAUGAAGAAGAACAAGUAAAGCCACCAAUCACAUCUGAGCCUCUUAAGGUACCUGUCAUGUCCGAAUCAGACACUGACAGUGUAUUAUCAGCUGGCGAAGCUGCGAAGAAUCGCAGAAUCCAGGCAAAGGCAAGGACCACUACACCGGAAGAAGAGGUCGACGAGGAAGAUAUCGAGGCACGAAUGGCGAUGGUUAAUCACUAUACCGAGAUCGUCAGGGAACACUCCAAUCGGUUUAAUUAUAGAAGCUCGGAGGAGAAGAGGCUUGGAGACAGUAUAGCUAGUUCUAGAAGAUCUUCGUUUUCCGAGGACCAAGAUUUAAAUCAGGUAAAGGAUCGUGCUGUAAUAAGCAUGAUCUCUGAGAAACUAAAUGGAAGACAGGACGUUAAAGAAAUUCAACAGGUUCAACAGACGAAAGAGACGAAGAAAAGUGAAGUUGAUAGACAGGAGAAGUCGCAGGUUAAAAGAGGUGCUGGUUCUCGAGGAACGACUCCAGCUAGGGACACGAAGCCUGUAAAAGAGAAACGAACGAGUAGACCAAGUUCAAGGAGCCAGUCACCUAUAUCAAGGUCACGAAACGUGUCCGUAGAAAGAGGAGUUUCUUCAAGGUCCUCCUCCAAGACCAGAGUCAGAGCUCCGUCACAAGAUAGAAGACCUCCUUCGAGAACUGGCUCGGAGGAACAACGAUUUGUCCGAGAGAGAUCUGUCGACGAAGGUCCUCGUCGAUCGAGGAAACCUUCUUCGAAGGCAUCUUCAAGGUCUAGUUCUAGAGACAGGAGUAGAGCCGAAACACCGGUGGAAUUGAAGAUGGAACGUUUACAGAAAGCUCUUGAGAGUAAGAAGUAUAGGUCUUCCAGACGUGGGUCCAGUGCAAAGAGAGAGUAUCCUGAAAAAGCUUGGCGUGAGAGUCGGCUGAACGAGGAACAAUUGGCAAUGGAGGCUAAGCAUAACGUUAGGUCGAUGGUGGGAUAUAUAACUGACCUAACUUUAUUAUUGGCGGCUGUUUAUGUUUAUUUGUUUAAGAAGGAGACUAUGGCUAUUCCUUUCAUCGCGUUGUUGCUCUAUAGAAGAGUGUCGGAAGAGAUUAAGGGAAGAGUGGUGGAAGGAUGGUGGUUCAAACGAAAGCAAUAAUGACUUGUUUGUAUAUCUGCGCUUCGCGACAGAAAAUUUCCAAUAAAAUUCGAAUGGAUUCAGAACCAAAGGAAUGAUAAAAUAUGCGAUAGAAAUUCACGGAAAUUUCUAUAUCUUUGCAAUAGAAAUUGGAACGAAUUCGAAGCCAGAGCAAUGAUAAAAUCUGCUAUUGAAAUACGUAGAAACGUUUGCAGUUCGCGAUGGGAAAUUUAGAAUAAGAUUCGAUUGGAUUCGAACCAAAAACAACGAUGAAAUUUACAAUAGAAAUUUGCAGGAUUGUUUGAAGCAAAAAUUCGAAUGAAUUCCAGUGAUGUUCUAGGAAAAAUUGUUAUAAACGCGGAAGAUCAAAGUAUCGAAGAGAUUCUCAACAAUUUUCGAAAGCGAAAAUUGCUGCAAAAAAGGUGAUCGUAGUCCGAACGAUGAUUAUUCGAAGAUCAAAUUCCUGACCUUCGAUGCAGCGUCAUUGCAGCGUGCUGAUUUAAGUUUGUAGACUUCGAGAUACAUCGUGGCAAUCGUGCCUUGGUUUUAAGGAGCCAAUCGUUAUAUUUCAUUGAGGAAUUAUACCAAACGAGUACCAAAGAUAAUAGUAUAUUUUAAGAGAUUAUAUUUAACGACAAUGGUAUAUUAUUAUUGUUAUUAUUAUUUAUUCCUAUUUAUUAUGAAUAUUCUUACUCGCAAUAAAUGUGUACAUAACUGUUGAAUUUAAAA